CUGACCCAUCUCCUUCUCUCUUCUGAAAGGACUAAAACUUGUUCCAGCCAGUGAGGUAGCGUCUGAUGACCUCUCCCCUCCAGAAAUCAGAGUCUCUCGGAUCAGUUGUGGCGUGUAGCAUCUUUCCCCUCGGAGAACCAUGGAUACGUUUUUCCGCCGCCAUUUCCGCCGGAAAGCCCGGGAGCUGAGCGGGCGACGACGCUCGAGCGUGGCGGUGCCGGCGAGUAAAGCGCGGCGGCGCUCCAGCGCAGGGCUGCCCUCUGCUGGCCUGACGCAGCGACGCAGGUCCAGUGUUCAGCUGCAGGCAACACUUCAGGCCACCGGGGGGCAGGGCGGGGCCGCGGAGGUCUGCGAGCGACGCUUCGUGCGGAGGCGCUCGAGUGGCACCACGGCCUGCCUGAAACAGAGCUUCUCGCUUCGCCGCCGCCAAGCUGCCAAGCACCGCAACAUCCACGCACAGCUGCUGGGGCCGUCGCUGCUGCUGGCCAGCGUGGUGCAGAUGAACCAGGAGAAGGAUUUGGGCGGGGCCAGCGAAGGGGGACCAUCUUCUGAUUCGCACAGCGACGACAGCUGGGCAGAGCCCAACGAAGUGCGGAAGGAUGGGUGCCCGUUGUGGCUGACUCAGGGCCUGCUGAUGGAGGACAGCCUUCGGCCCCGCCACAUCAUCCGCACGCCACGAUGCCUGCGCCGAAAUUCCUCCCACCUGCUUCCAGCGGAGGCGGUGUAUCACAGUCCCGCCCGUUAUGGGCUUUACGGACAUUACCGUAGGAACAGCCAGGCAUGGAGGAUGCCCAAUGCGGGGGUUGGGGGUAUGUGUGUGGGGAGGCGGAGGUCUGUGGUGUCGUGGAUAGGGUCCGUCAAUUACAAGAAAUACUCCACCUGGUGGCCAGACCCUACACUCACAGGUUCGCUCCAGGAAACCUACUACGACCCACAGACUGACACAUGGAAUGGGUUCCUCUCGAAGGCCAUAGCUAAGUCCGGACUACAGCACCUGUCAUCUCAGCCAAGCAGUUCAGUGCUGUCCAAAUGUGACUUGGACAGAGAUAUCCGGAGUACUGUGGACUGGAGUGAGUCAGCGCUCUAUGGUGAGCACAUCUGGUUUGAGACCAACGUCUCUGGGGACUUCUGUUACGUUGGAGAACAGCACUGCUAUGCAAAGACACUGCAAAAAUCUGUGGCUCGAAAGAAAUGUGCUGCUUGCAAGAUUGUAGUUCACACCAUCUGUAUUCAGCAGUUGGAGAAGAUCAAUUUCAGGUGUAAACCGACAUUUAGGGAAUCAGGGUCGCGGAACAUACGGGAGCACACAUGGCGAUGCAGAGCCCUGAAAGGUUGUAGGGACCUGAAGCAAAUCAGGUGCUCUUCACAUAUAGUUCCUACACAGCCCACCAUAGUGCGACACCACUGGGUCCAUCGACGGCGGCAAGAGGGAAAAUGCAAGCAGUGCGGGAAGGGAUUUCAGCAGAAGUUUGCCUUUCACAGUAAAGAAAUUGUGGCCAUUAGUUGUUCUUGGUGCAAGCAAGCAUAUCACAACAAGGUGACAUGUUUCAUGCUACAGCAGAUAGAAGAGCCCUGUUCUUUAGGAGCGCACGCGGCACUUAUAGUACCGCCAACGUGGAUUAUACGUGUCCGCAGACCACAGUCCUCACUAAAGUCAAGCAAAAAGAAGAAACGGACUUCAUUCAAACGCAAACUGAGCAAAAAAGGAGCAGAGGAGGCUCGAUGGAAGCCAUUCAUCGUGAGGCCAAUCCCGUCUCAGCUGAUGAAACCACUACUGGUGUUUGUAAACCCAAAGAGUGGAGGGAACCAGGGAACCAAAAUCAUCCAGUCAUUUAUGUGGUAUCUGAAUCCUCGGCAAGUAUUUGACCUGAGCCAAGGCGGACCAAAAGAAGGGCUGGAGAUGUACCGGAAAGUUCACAACCUGCGGAUUCUGGCCUGUGGUGGUGAUGGCACGGUGGGCUGGAUUUUGUCCACUCUAGAUCAGCUGCAGCUGAAUCCACAGCCUGCUGUAGCUGUACUUCCUCUAGGGACAGGAAAUGACCUUGCCAGGACUCUGAACUGGGGUGGGGGUUACACAGAUGAGCCUAUCUGUAAGAUUCUUUCCCACGUGGAGGAUGGCAACAUUGUGCAGCUUGACCGCUGGAACCUGCAUGUGGAGUCCAACCCGGAGGCGGGGCUGGAAGAAAAAGACGAGCAGGUGACGGACAAGCUGCCCUUGGAUGUGUUUAAUAACUACUUUAGCCUUGGCUUUGAUGCACACGUAACCCUGGAAUUCCACGAAUCACGAGAGGCGAACCCAGAGAAAUUCAACAGUCGCUUUAGGAACAAGAUGUUCUAUGCAGGGACAGCGUUCUCAGAUUUCCUCAUGGGGAGCUCUAAAGAUCUGGCAAAGCACAUCAAAGUGGUGUGUGAUGGAGCAGAUUUGACCUCUAAGGUUCAGGAACUGAAGUUGCAGUGUCUGGUCUUCCUCAAUAUUCCCAGGUACUGUGCUGGCACAAUGCCAUGGGGGAAUCCCAGCGAGCAUUACGACUUUGAGCCUCAGCGCCAUGACGAUGGCUGCAUUGAGGUCAUCGGCUUCACCAUGACAUCACUGGCGACACUGCAAGUUGGAGGUCAUGGCGAGAGGUUAAAUCAAUGUCAUGAGGUCACGCUUACAACAUACAAGUCCAUCCCCAUGCAAGUAGAUGGGGAACCAUGCAAACUGGCCCCAUCGACCAUCCACAUCUCCCUCCGAAACCAGGCCAACAUGGUGCAGAAGACCAAGAGGCGGACAUCUAUACCGCUGCUCAAUGAUCAGCAGCCGUUCCCAGAGAGGUUACGGAUCCGAGUGAAUCGCAUCAGCAUGCAUGACUAUGAGACUCUGCAUUACCACAAAGAGAAACUCAAAGAAGCCUCAAUCCCGCUGGGGCUCAUCGUGGUCCCCGGAGACAGUGACCUGGAAACAUGCAGAGUGCACAUCGAGAGACUGCAAGAGGACUUUGUGUCAUGUCACCCGUCUCUCCAGCGACUGACAUUUCAGGCAGGUGAUGAGAACAAGUCGAAAAUGCUGUCGUCUCAGAGGCUGUCGCCAAAGUGGUGCUUUUUGGACUCAACAACGGCAGACCGUUUUUACAGGAUUGAUCGAGCUCAGGAGCACCUGCACUAUGUGAAUGAGAUCUCUCAGGAUGAGUUGUUUAUUCUGGAUCCAGAACUGGUUGUCAUGGAGAAUGUAAGCACGUCACCAGGUGUGCCUGACCUGCUAGACUCAUCAGAUAUCUCAGCAUCCCAGCAGAAAUUUGCCUUCCCAUCCUGCUCCUCCACUCCACCCCCCUCUCCACCCACCAGGGUCGGCGAGGACCAGCGAGCCUCACAGAGAAAGCGUGUGUCCAGUGACAGCUCUGUCCCUGAGGUCCAGGCUCACAGUGACUCCCUACGAACAGCCAAGCCCGCGCUCAGCAGGGCGGGGGGUGUCCAUCGCUCAAACACAACCGCUGCAGAUUUCAAACCAACAAUCAGGCCAGAGAUGAAUGCUACAAGCAGCAAUAACCCAGUAUCAGCCGAUGACCUAAUUGACUGUGUGAAGAACAAAGACCUUCAGAAGCUGAAGGAGCUCCAAAAGCAGGGGGCUGACCUCUGUGUGCAGGAUUCAGCUGGCCACACCCUCCUGCACCACGCUGUGCAUGUGGCCAGCAAAGAGAUUGUCAAAUACAUCAUUGAUAAUGCCCCCACUGACAUACUGGAUGUGACCGAGAAAGAAAAUGGGGAGACUGUGUUGCACAAAGCAGCUUCACUGUGCCAGAGGACCAUCUGUCAUUACUUGGUGGAGGCAGGAGCAUCACUUAUGAAAACAGACUUACAGGGCGAUACACCCAAGCACCGAGCAGAAAAGGCCAAGGACCCGGAGCUGGCAGCAUACCUGGAGAACCGCCAGCACUAUCAGAUGAUCCAGCGUGAGGACCAGGAGACUGCUGUCUAACCUCUCACCUUUCACCUCAUUGCGUCUGGAGCCCUCUCCUUGUGCCAAACUAACAACCAAGGCGAUAAGAAUUGACUACUAAAUAAAGGAGGGCUUCACUGUGUGGGGCACAUUCAUAAGUCCUAAGCAUCUUGAGAUCUAAGAGAACAGGCACAUGUGCACACGUAAACACAUUAUGAACGCACCCACACCCCACACAUACACACAUUAUGAACACACCCACACCCCACACGUUAUGAAUAGACCCACACAUACACAUAUUCUAAACAGAUUCACACAUGUACACUUGUUAUAAACAAGUACACACCCCACACGUACAUGUGUUAUAAAUAGGUCCACAGGCCAUACAUACAUGUUUUAUUAACAGAUCCACAUGCAUUAGGAUCCCAGACCAAGCCCCCGCUGAGAAACAUGACUAAAUGUAUGUCCAUUACACUGCCAAAACUCUUUUUUUUUUUUUUGGUGUGUGUGUGUGCGUGUGUGCGUGCGUGUCAGAAUGUAAGUCCAAGGGGUGGGGCUCCUUUUCGGUAAUGCAUUCACUGAUGAGGAUAAAACAGACUUUGUUGAAAGGUGUCUGGAGGGGUACUGAGUGGGCUUUAACUGUAUGAUGCAAACAGAAGAACUGGCCACAUGGCCAGGAAUUUCAAUUUAAAUUGUUGCUGUUGUUGUUGUUUGGAAUGAGGCUAGUGUUACCAGUAAGGUAUAUUGCAAACAGCAAGCUUCAUUAGUGUGGUUAGUGGUGGGGGACGCCACUGUGGAGCUAAAGGGCAUUUCAGACAUUUAGAGACUGAGUUGUUUACCCAAAGAAGAGUAGGAGUGUUACGAGUUGAAGGUUUACAGGAAAUGGAGUGGUGACUUUGAGCUAGCACUGCACUGAAAACAUUUCGGGUGAUUCAAGUAAACAUUUGACUGUUGUAGCUGUUUCGUAGGAGGGUUUAGCUUCUUUCUUUGCAUUUUUUUCUGUCUACAAAGGUUUGCUUUUAAUAAGAAUGUUUGGUACUGUAAACGUAUCUUAGUAGGUUUUGGUCAGAGAAACCUUUGCACUGUAGCUAUCAUUGCCUUCUAAAGUUUUUGGAUUUCCUGAUUUAGAAUUGUCUAUUACAGUUAUGGCAUAAUUCUUAUUACUUUUUUAAGUAAGUAGAUGUUUAUAUAAUUUGUAGUUAAAACAUCGGACAUGUAUUUGUCUUAUUAUAUUAUAUAAGACACUGUAUAUUUGAUUUUUGUUUCUUCAAAAUACAGAUUUGAUUUUGUUGUUCACAAUUCUCUGCUCUUGCAUUAUUAUAAAAGGUCUCUCUUUAGCCCACUUUGAAAAGUGUUCAUCAUUCUGAUUGAUUGUGUUAAUGCACCAAUAAUUUAAAGUUGCUAUUUAUUCUUCAUAAUAGUUAUGUUAAAAUUAAAUUGGGUUUGAAAGUAAGCAAUUCAUUAUUAAAAUAUUUAAUUUGCAAUAAAUGGAUUUUGGUAAA